AACAUGCCACACACGAUGUGUGUGUUUGUCAACAUGGUUGUACACAAGAAAAAACCCUGGCUGUGUAGCCAGUAGCCACCCCUUCCUGCAUUCCUUCACAGUGUUACUGUCACGUACAUGAGGUGUGCAGGUGUGUAUACCGUUCACGAGGUGUACAGGUGUGUGUACCGUACACGAGGUGUACAGGUGUGAAUUGUACACAAGGUGUACAGGUGUGCAGCGUAAACAAGGUGUGUACAGGUUUGUACUUUACACAAGGUGUACAGGUGUGUAACGUGUGUGUAAUGUAAAAAGGUGUACAGGUGUUUACCGUACACGAGGUGUACAGGUGUGUACUUUACUAAAGGUGUACAGGUCUUUACCGUACACGAGUUGUACAGGUGUGUACUUUACUAAAGGUGUACCGGUGUAUACCGUACACGAGGUCUACAGGUGAGUACUUUACUAAUGGUGUACAGGUGUUUACCGUACACGAGGUGUACAGGUGUGUACUUCACUAAAGGUGUACAGGUGUUUACCGUACACGAGGUGUACAGGUGUGUGUCUCUGUGUUUAUUUGUGUGUGUGCUCCUCUGACGGUCUUCUCUGUGUGUUUCAGGUGGCUGUGUAUGGAAGAUGGCCAGACGUUCAGACCGGACUCCGUGGAUGAGAACCGUCAGGGCUCCUGUGUUGUGCACUCUGGGCGCAGUACUGCUGUGCUGCCUGCAGGCCGGCGCCACCACUGACGAGGCGCCCAUGUUCUCUGAGGAGCCCCAGUCGGUGGUGCAGAAGCUAGGGGGCAGCGUGACUCUGCGCUGUAGCGCCCGCCCCGCCUCCGCCAACAUCAGCUGGCGCCUGGACGGCCGCGAGGUUGGGGGGCUUGACGGGGAUGCGGGGGUGGUCCUGGAGCCCGGGACCCUGCUCAUCCCCGCCCUGUCCAACCGCACCGUGGGCCGGUACCAGUGUGUGGCCACGACCGCCGCUGGGGCCCUGGCUAGCAUCCCCGCUAACGUCACCGCCGCAAAGCUGCGGGACUUUGAGCCGGACGCCCACCAGGACAUCGAGGUGGACGAGGGCAACACGGCCGUCAUCCAGUGCCACCUACCUGAGAGCCAGCCCAAGGCCCUGGUCCGCUACAGCGUCAAGCAGGAGUGGCUGGAGACGUCCAAGGGGAACUACCUCAUCAUGCCGUCGGGGAACCUGCAGAUCGCCAACGCCACGGAGGACGACGCCGGGCCCUACAAGUGCGCCGCCUACAACCCCGUCACCCAGGAGGUCAAGACCUCGGCGUCGGCCGACCGCCUCCGCAUCCGCCGCGCCACCCCGGAGGCGGCCCGCAUCACCUACCCGCCUGCGUCGCGCUCCAUCAUUGUGACCAAGGGCCAGCGGCUGGUGCUGGAGUGUGUGGCCAGUGGCGUCCCGGCUCCGCUGGUCACCUGGGCCAAGGACGGCCAAGACCUGCGUCGCCAUAACAACACACGCUUCCUGCUCAGCAACCUGCUGAUCGACGCGGCCGGGGAGGGCGACUCGGGCACCUACGUGUGCCGCGCCCACAACGGCAUGGGCUCGCCGCAGCAGGCCGCCGUGCUGUACCACGUGCAGGUGUUCGAGCCCCCCCAGGUGACGUUGGAGCUGCAGCAGGAGCUGGACGAGGUGUCCUGGGGCGAGACGGUGCGCUUCAGCUGCCAGGCGCGGGGCAAGCCGGCGCCCGCCGUGGUGUGGCUGCACAACGCCCGGCCCCUGGCCCCGUCGCCACGGCACCGCGUCACGGCCCGCGCCCUGCGAGUCAUCAACGUGGGCCCCCAGGACCAGGGCCUCUACCAGUGCAUGGCCGAAAACGGCGUGGGCAGCGCACAGGCCUCCGCCCGCCUGGUCACCGUGCCGACGGGGAGCCCGUCGCGCCUCAAGCCGCCCUCUGUCCUGCGGCCGCUGAGCCCCGACAAGGUGCUGCGGGAGCAGGCCCCCAGGCCGGGGGGCCCGGGGCCCCUGCUGCCCCUGGACUGCUCUGAGCUGCCCGGGCACAUCUCCCCGGCGGAGGCCCCCAUCAUCCUGAGCCAGCCCCGCACGGGGAAGGCCGACUUCUACGAGCUGACGUGGCGGCCGCGGGGGGACGGGGGGGCGCCCGUCCUGGAGUACACGGUCAAGUACCGGAAGCUGGGCGAAACCCAGGGCGAGUGGACCUCCAGCCGUAUCUCGGGCUCGCUCCACAAGCUGACGCUGGCCAAGCUGCAGCCCGACAGCCUAUACGAGGUGGAGAUGGCCGCCAAGAACUGUGCUGGCCUGGGCCAGCCCGCCAUGAUGACCUUCAGGACCGGCCGAGGCCGCAGGGUUCCAGGGGGUCAAAACGACCCACCAAAGACCCCUGCCGUCCCCUCACCCAGCCUCUCCCCCCCCGAGGCCCCGGACAAGCCCACCAUCUCCACGGCGACGGAGACAUCGGCAUUUGUGACGUGGAUCCCGCGCGGUAACCGGGGCUUCCCCAUCAUAUCGUUCCGGGUGGAGUACAAGAAGGUGAAGAAGGCGGGGGAGGACUGGGUCACCGCCGUGGCCAAAAUCCCACCCACACUCCUCUCCGUGGAGAUCGCCGCCCUGGAGAAAGGUACGUCCUAUAAGUUCCGCGUGGUGGCGGUGAACGUGAUUGGCUGCAGCCCCCCCAGCGCUCCGUCGAAGGCCUACACAGUGGUGGGGGGGCGGACCAACGAGAGGCCCGUGGACGGACCCUACAUCACCUACAACGAGGCCAUCAACGAGACCGCCAUCAUCCUCAAGUGGAAGUACGUCUCGGUGAACAACACGCCCAUCUACGGCUUCAACAUCUUCUACCGGCCCACGGACAGUGACAACGACAGUGACUACAAGAAGGACGUAGUGGAGGGCGAUCGCUACUGGCACUCCAUCACCGACCUGCAGCCUGAGACCGCCUACGACAUCAAGAUGCAGUGCUUCAACGAGGGCGGGGACAGCGAGUUCGGCAACGUGGUCAUCCUGGAGACCAAAGCUCGCCCUCACCACCAGCGCCCCCUCCCAUCAGAGACUCCUCACCACGGCCCUUCAGGUGGGGCGGUGCCGCGCCCCAACGACCUGCCCUACCUCAUAGUGGGUGGGGUCCUGGGCGCCUUCGUCUUCAUCAUCGUGGCCUUCAUUCCCUUCUGCCUGUGGAGGACAUGGGCCAAGCAGAAGCAAACGUCGGACCUGGGCUUCCUGGUCGUAGCGCCAGCGGUGUCCUCCUGCCAGUACACCAUGGUCCCGCUGCAGGGGCGGCCCCUGGGCCCGGGGCACUGCCCCCUGGACCCCCACAAUGCCCCCACCCACCAUCACACCAGCUGCCUCUCCAAUGGAGAGUACAUCCCCAACAGAGGGUACACCCCCAACGGCAAACCACACUGCCUCCCGGGGUUCCAGCAGGAGGAGAGGGACGGGGAUAUGGAGUGUGACACGCUGCUGCCACACCACAUGUCCAACGGACACCUGCCCGCAUACCACUGCACCACCAGUGCCCCUGAGCACCACAGAGAGGAUUUCUGCCCCUCCGACGACUCCACCCUUCAGCUUCUCCACCCUUCCCAUCAGCCAAUCAGCGUACAGGAUAUAGAGGAUGACGCCCACUUUUAUGGGGAUAACGAACCAGAGGAGCGCUUCACUAAAGACUCGUCCUUCCCUCACUUGGCCCUCGAAGACGAAGGAAACUUCACCGCAUCCUCCUCAGCGGCCACCACGCCGCAGUCCCAGAAUGCAUCGCUGGAGGAGGUAGACAUGGUUCCCAGCGAGAGGGGGGCCCUCGGCGAGGGGGGGGCCCUAGGCGAGGGGGGGGCCCUUGGCGAGGGGGCCUUGGACGCCGAAGGGACGAGCGACUCAGCAGACGCAUGAGAAGAGAGAGAAUGACCCGAUAUUUAUUUUUGUAUCACGGAUAUUUAUAUAUUUAUGCAUUUUGUACAUAAAUAUGUUAGUAUUACCUGUACAUAUGUUUUAUUUUCAUAUUGAAAAGGAUUCUUUAUACAAGCUUCCUCAAAUGAUUGAGAUAUUAUUCUUUUUUCCCCUUGGUUCAGUGGGCCAUAGGAAUAUAUGUAUAUGGUGUAGGUAUAUUUAUAUAUAUAUGGUGUAGGUAUAUAUAUAUAUAUAUAUAUAUAUAUAUAUAUAUAUAUAUAUAUAUAUAUAUAUAUAUAUAUAUGGUGCAGGUACUGUAUUUAUAUAUAUGGCGUAGGUAUGUAUAUAUAUAUGGUGUAGGUAAUCUAUAUAUAUAUAUAUAUAUAUAUAUAUGGUGCAGGUGUAUAUAUAUAUAUAUAUGAUCCCCAGUAUUCAGCGCUCAAAGGAUUCCGGCUCCACAUCAUUCCUAAACAUUUCACUGCAGACAGUAUGACUCAGAGGACGUGAACACUGAGCUCUCCUCACGCUGUAGUCCUGCAGAGUCAGAGGACGUGAACACUGAGCUCUCCUCACGCUGUAGUCCUGCAGAGUCAGAGGACGUGAACACUGAGCUCUCUUCAUGCUGUAAGUCCUUCAGACUCUGUCUCUCUGUGUAGAAAUAACACAAAUGUAUCGAGUGUCGUGCGGCAUUAACAAAACUUGUAACAUGUGUAUGCAAAAUGAACAAGCGUCACGUUCCAGUAGUCUAGUGUUCACAGAGAUUCUAUAUAUUGUAUAGUUAUUUAUUUUUAGCAUUAUGAGUCAUUUUUUUACUUUUAGCAUCACUUAAUGGGAGAGAUUCUGGAAAUUGACAUUUUUACAGUCGUUCAUAAGCUGAAGUGGGGGCUGUCCUGAAGCAUUGUUUACUGCUGGUCCCCAAACGCCCGCCGGAAGGGAAGCUCUGGCAAUGUGUGGGGGCCAAGCCUCCCUGGAAAUGGCGGUAAAAAUAAGUACUUGCCUCUGCCUGAGGUCAGCGGACCCCCAGAUGAAGGAGACCCCUAGUCUACAUCCCUCACGAGUCUAGCCAUUGCCAUGGUUACGCAUGCUGGAGCACUAUUGCAUGUAAAUAAAGCUUAUCAAAAUAUACAGACUACUUUUUAUUUUAAUUCUAUCGUAUCACAAUUGCUUCAUUAGUUUGUCCAGAGUUGCUAUUCAGUUCAUUAUGUCGAUUGACUUUGGGAUGGGAGACAAUUUACUAUCCUGAAGCAUGGGUCAUAUAUAAAAGUAUUAAGACAUAUAGGGUUAGGGGUCGACAUGUUACCAAUGUGUUCACUGUAUCGCAAGACGGUUUGGAUGAAGGCACACAAUGGUAUAUCAUUAUAUAUGAUAAUGUCAAUUUUAACAUACUCUCUUGGUUAUUUUUGGGAUGUCCUAAACAACAUGUGAAAAGAACAAUUCUAGAUACAAUUUCCUUUCACCAUCGACAAGUACUAUAAUGCUCUGGAUAUUCUCAAAACGUUUCCAUUUAGCAUGCAUCGAGUGCGGCUGUAGAAACCUGCCUUUCAAGGCCUCCAUGUGGAAACGUAUAGAAUAUGAUUAAACAGAAUGCUUCUAUCGCCACCUAGAGGCCGUUGGUCAAAAAUCACAGACACAAACACCCACCUCGUUGAUGCAUGGAAAAGGAUGCUUAUAAACUUUAUCAAUCAACUUUGUACAUACAUACAUACUCUUGUAUGUACAUACUCUAGUAUGAAACAUUGGUAUUUACAAAAUAGCUCUUGAGAAAAUGGAUUCUCUACAGUAAACCCUGAUGCAAGUUAGUAAAUUACAUUUCUGGGUAUUAUUUAACAUAACUUAUUAACCUCAGUAAAAGUUUGAAAUCUUCUUAUAGACCUCAUUGUGGAUAUUUACUACAAGAUAGUUGAACCAAAGUAUUCCAAAAGUUCCUUAUUUGUGUCUCCACCUGAAGAUGUAAAAAACCAAAAGAAAUAAUAUGGACCAUAAUACGUCUAUGGAGAUUUAAACCUUAAAGAACACAAUCUUUGAUUUGGACCUACUCUUAUCCACAUCACUUGAUCCCCCCCACCCACUGAAAUGGUACCCGGACCACCAGGAACCCCUGCUCGCCAUGGCGGCCAGCGACCAGCAGGCCAAUCAGAUGGCGCCUCCUUUCCUCAGCUCAGCGCUGGUAGAAGCUGUGUCCAUUGCCACGGAGAAAGUCAGAACUGUUGAGGAGAGGGGCAAUGGAGCUCACAGAGGGGUACGGGGAAAGUUGUGCUUCUUGCAUGGAGCACGCCUGGUCUGGGUGGUCUGGGUGCCCUGAAUCCUAACUGGUGCCAUGCUGUCCGAGACAUGGGGGUGCAGACCGGAGCUGAGACGGUAGACAACGUAGACGUCUACCGUGACGCUGGAGGAGGUGCUACGACCGUCUGUGGAACACAAGCCAGAGACAGCCCAUCUGCUGGAACUGCUAGAGCUUCCAGUGGAGCUGAGCGGCCUCGAUAGCUUCCUGUUAGGUUCAGUAGUGGUGACCUGUGAAUUGGUCCGGGGCCCUGGGACUUUAGAGGCAGUGGUGCUAUUGCCGACCACUGACACUGGUUUGCUCUUAAUGGCCAUGGCUGCUGCCACCGCUGUUGUGAGUGUGACCGCAGGAGUGGAUGAUAAUGCACCAAUUGGUAGACUCACAAUGUCUUCAUUUUGUGUAACA